AUGCGUGCUGCUCUCAUCUCUGCCCUUGCGGCCGGCGCUGCCGCCACCCGCCCCUUCAUCAACGAGCCCGACACGGCCAUCGAGCUCUCCCUCCCCGACCUCGCCGUCGGUGCUCUCCCCGAGCUCGAGAAGAUGGUCGGCAUCCCGGACUUCGAGUACGCUGCCCGCAACUACCUGCCCGCCCGCAACUACACCUACUACCGUAACGGUGCCGCCGGCGAGUGGUCGUACCGCAACAACCUCGAGGUCUUUGGCCGCUACCGCUUCCGUCCCCGUACCAUGGUCGACAUCACCAACGUCGAGUCCACCCUUCCCACCACCAUCCUGGGACACAACUUCUCUGCCCCCAUCUUCAUCAGCCCGGCUGCCCGCGCCGACUACGGUCACGUCGAUGCCGAGCUCAACCUCAUGAGGGCCGCUGGCGCUGAGAACAUCCUCUACAUGCCCGCUCUCUUCGCCGCCAAGACCAUCGAGCAGAUCGCCGAGGUCAAGACCGAGGGCCAGGUCGCUUUCCAGCAGGUCUACCUCGGCGGCAACGACACCGCCACCCAGAUCAUCUUCGACCGCAUCAAGGCCUCGGGCGCCCAGGCCAUCGUCUACACCAUCGACUCCCCCGCUGACGGCAACCGUCACCGUGCCGCCCGCUUCGGCGUCGGCUCCGCCGACUCGGAGCUGACCCUCAUCACCUGGGACGUGUACCGCAAGUACACCACCAUGACUGACCUCCCCAUCAUCCUCAAGGGCAUCAUGACCGUCGAGGACGCCGAGGCCGCCAUCGAGAACAACGUCCCCGCCAUCGUCAUCUCCAACCACGGUGGCCGCCAGCUCGACGGCUCUCCCUCCGCCCUCGAGAUCGCCCUCGAGAUCUACGAGAAGGACCCCUCCAUCUUCCAGAAGAUCGAGGUCUACGCCGACGGUGGUGUCCGCUACGGCGCCGACGUCCUCAAGCUCCUUUCCCUCGGCGUCAAGGCCGUCGGUCUCGGCCGCCCCUUCAUGUUCGCCAACAUCUUCGGCCAGGAGGGUGUCGAGAAGGCCAUCCAGAUCCUCAAGCGCGAGGUCGCCAUGGACGCCGGCAACCUCGGUGUCGCCGACCUGAAGAAGAUCGACUCCAGCUUCGUCAAGUGGACCCCCAACAACUGGUACUCUUAA